CUCUUCCGUUCAUAUAAAAUCCUAAUUGUCCGCCGAAGACAGGCGAACCAGGAGUUCUUUCUAUCUUCUCCUCUUGACCUUUUAGAUCUCUCUCUAUUCUUUUUUCUGUUCUUCCAUUUCCCCUCUUUGAUCCUUCUCUGUGUUGGUUCGAUUUCUGAAAGAGAGAGAAGUCAUGGCAGAUCAGCUCACGGACGAUCAGAUCUCUGAGUUCAAGGAGGCUUUCAGCUUAUUCGACAAGGAUGGAGACGGUUGCAUCACAACUAAGGAGCUGGGAACCGUGAUGAGAUCACUGGGUCAGAACCCAACAGAAGCUGAGCUACAGGACAUGAUAAAUGAGGUGGAUGCAGAUGGAAAUGGAACCAUCGACUUCCCAGAGUUCCUCAACCUUAUGGCUCGGAAGAUGAAGGACACCGAUUCUGAGGAGGAGCUCAAGGAGGCUUUCAGGGUGUUCGACAAGGACCAGAAUGGCUUCAUCUCUGCAGCUGAGCUGCGCCAUGUCAUGACCAACCUUGGUGAGAAGCUCACAGAUGAGGAAGUUGAUGAGAUGAUCCGUGAGGCUGAUGUCGAUGGGGAUGGACAGAUAAACUACGAGGAGUUUGUCAAGGUCAUGAUGGCCAAGUGAGGAUCCAACCCUCCAAUCCCAAGGAAUCUCCCCCCCCCCCAAAAAAAAAAAAGAGUAAAAAACCAAAAAAAGGGUACAGGGCAGAUAAGUAUUAUGGCAUUUCUAUUUUCCUCUAGGAAUUAAUUUGACAGUUCUUAAAGGGUAUUUAAGGUAGUAGUGUCAUUGGUGCUUGGUACCCUCUCCCUAUUUAUGUUGGUUGUGUAAUUGUGUUUUCCUCUUGGCUUGCAUCUUUGUCUUAGUAGCUUGGUUUCUUAGUUAUUUUCCCGUUCUUUUUUUUUUUUUUUUUCCUUCUAUUCUCCACUGAAUUGCGAAGUUGGGACUGUAGGGAUUGUCCAAUGUUUUCUGACUUUUUGGUGAUCACAUUUUAUUAAGUUUUAUUUUUUUCCCCA